CAGUGUAAAAAAAAAAAAUUUUGGCGGAGCCCAAAACAGCUGUACCUUUGUUCCUUCUUACUAUUAUCUAUCCUUUUCUUUUGGAAUUCAAAAUUUGCAAGGAUGAAAUGUUGCAACAGCUUCCAACUUCCUUGUCAGUCCCAAAACCCUCCUCUUCUCUUCAUUUUCUUCCGACUAAUAAGAAAACAAAAUCAUCACCAAUAAUAAUUCCAUCAAUUAAGAAUGGGAAAAGAAUGUCAAAUUCAAUUAGGGCACUAGUUUCUUUAGGCGAUAAUACUAUUAUUCCAUCAAAUGCCCAACGUCAUAAAAUUGAUCCAAAAUGGCGAGGAGGAUUCAGUUGUGGUGUGGACCUUGGAAUGUCACGUACUGGGAUUGCUCUCAGCAAAGGCUUUACAAUUCGACCUUUAACUGUUUUGGAGUUACGAGGGGAAAAGCUCGAGCUUCGACUACUUCAGAUUGCAGAAGAAGAGGAAGUUGAUGAGUUUAUUGUUGGGCUACCUAAAUCUGCUGAUGGGAAGGAGACACCGCAAUCCAAUAAAGUUCGUAGUGUUGCUGGACGGUUUGCAGUUCGAGCUGCUGAGAGGGGUUGGAGAGUAUUCUUGCAGGAUGAAUACGGCACAUCAAUGGAGGCCCUCGACUUUAUGAUUGAUAUGGGUGUCAAAAAAUCUGCUCGGCAAGGGAAACUGGAUGCAUACGCUGCCAUGAUGGUGCUGCAGAGGUAUUUUUCAUCAUCGGGUGAAAGAACUGAAUUAGUUCUUCCUAAGCAGUUGGAACUACAAGAAAAACUUCGUCGAGGUCCACCGAAGGAUUUAGAUUUCUUCCCUGAAGAGCUUGAUGCUUGAGAUCUCACUGUUCAAGAAUUGAACAUAUAUGCCUUUGAUGGACAUGGCUAAUACAGGGACACAGAAGUGGGCUAAUAUUAGUCAACCAAUUUGAUAUCAAAAGUUAGCAAUUUUGAAACCACGGCCUUUAAUGAGAUAGGCAGUCGUAGCAGGUUAGUAGUGCUUUUUUGGUCAAAAGAAUUACUCCUUAAACUGGGGUUGUUUGGGUUUCAAACCAAACCUUGUUGCAUAUGCAGAAGUAGUGCUUUUUUGGUCAAAAGUGAGAUUUCUUGCAGCAUCUAGGUUGUAUUUGUAUUUUGGAUUUGGUGUAAUUUUGGUGUGCCACAGAAUAGCACAUAAAAGAAUAAAAAGACCUGAAUCAAGCUUUCUCA